CUGCACUGCUCUGCUCCAUUCGGCUUUCUUUUUUUUUUUUUUAACUUCACAACUAAACCAGCUCAGACAGGGAACUUUUAUUUGACUUUUCUGUCACGAAACCACCCGUCCCAUCAUUUUGAUCCUCUCUCUGCAGCUCAGCAUUGGAUUUGUUUUUUAGCAGUUGCAGAAAACUUUUAUUUUACUCCAUGUGGAUUCUGAACUCAUCCGAACCAAACUGACCUCCUCUGGGUGAAAACCUCCGGGAUGGUCGUGACCGUAAACUGAGCUCUAAGUCAGAGAAGCAUCGCCUGCAUCCCUUCUUUUGUCUGUGUUGCAUCUCUGCCGCUACUUUGUUUUUGACACUGGGAUGUAAAAGAAAAACAAACAAAAAGAACCCUUCACUUUAUCCACAAAGGAAUUACGUUGUUUUUUUCCAACCAAGGAGAAAUUAUGGCGAGAGUUUUAUUGAACAUGAGUCUCGUUCUGGUUUUUUUCGGAUUAUUUUUUCUCUCUUCUCCAUCCGCAAGAGCCGAGCAGGGGCCGCAGGACGAAGAGGAGGAGGAGAGUUCCUGUCAGGGCGCUUUUGACCUCUAUUUUGUGCUCGAUAAAUCUGGUAGUGUGAAGGAUCACUGGGAUGAAAUCUACUACUUUGUGGAGAAUUUAGCAGAGAAAUUCAAAAGUCCCAUGCUGAGGAUGUCCUUCAUAACGUUCUCCUCCAGAUCGUCCACCAUCAUGAAACUGACUGAAAACAGAGUGAACAUCAGAAAAGGUCUGAACGCUCUGAAAAGAGAGAUCCCUGGUGGAGACACGUUCAUGCACCUCGGGUUGCAGAGUGCUAAUGAGCAGAUACGCAAGGAGAACUUUGGCACAGCCAGCGUGAUUAUUGCACUGACAGAUGGAGAGCUGCAGGAACAUCAGCUCAUCACUGCACAACAACAGGCAGAGGAAGCCAGAUCUCUUGGAGCUAUUGUGUAUUGCGUUGGUGUCAAAGACUUCAAUGAGACACAGCUGGCCACCAUUGCAGACACCAUCGAGCACGUGUUUCCUGUGUUGGGAGGCUUCCACGCCCUCCGGGGUGUCAUUGAUUCGAUCAUCAAGAAAUCCUGUAUUGAAAUUUUGGCAGCCGAGCCCUCCAGUGUGUGUGCAGAAGAGUCUUUUCAAGUGGUUGUGAGGGGGAAUGGAUUUCUCCACGCAAGAAACAUCGACCAGGUGCUCUGCAGCUUCAAAGUCAACGAUACCGUCACAGUCAACGUAAAGCCGGCAUUCGUACACAACACGUACUUACUGUGUCCAGCUCCUGUCAUCGAUGAAGUCGGGAAGGUGAUUUAUCUCCAAGUGAGCAUGAAUGACGGCCUGACCUUCAUCACCAGCAACGUUCACAUCACCACCACUGAGUGUUUUGAUGGCACCAUCCUCCUGAUCACCCUGCUGGUGUUGUUCCUCCUGCUGGCCCUGCUCUUCAUGUGGUGGUUCUGGCCUCUCUGCUGCACUGUGGUGAUUAAAGAGCCACCUCCACCACCUCCUCCUGAGCCUGAGUCAGAUGACGAAGAUGGCCUGCCCAAGAAGAAGUGGCCCACUGUGGAUGCCUCAUAUUACGGAGGACGAGGAAUCGGAGGGAUCAAAAGAAUGGAGGUGCGUUGGGGAGGGAAGGGCUCAACCGAGGAGGGGGCGAAGCUGGAGAAGCCAAAGAACGCUGUGGUGAAGAUGCCUGAGCAGGAGUACGAACCCUUCGAGCCCAAACCUAAGAAACCUCAGAACAAGAAGCCGCCACAGAGCCGGAAGUGGUACACGCCCAUCCGGGGUAAACUGGAUGCUAUCUGGGCUCUGUUUCGCCGCGGGUACGACCAGGUCUCCCUGAUGAGACCCCAGCCCGGCGAUCAUGGUCGAUGCAUCAACUUCACAAGAGUGAAAGACGAGUCGGCGGCAGCCAAGGCCGCCCCCCGCACUCCGAUCCACACUCCUUCACCACCGCCACCAGACUACCGCCCCGUGACUCGCACCCCGUCCUCGUCUCCCACCUCCGCCAGCCCUCCCGCCAGAUCACCCCCGUCAGGCCAGAUGCCCCCGGGACCGCCACCGGCCCGCACGCCCCCGGGGCUCCCCUGUCCACCGCCAACGCGUCCUCCGCCCAGCCUUCGACCCUGAAUCACACAGACAAACCCCUCCCACCCUCCCGACGCAGCCCGCUUUGAUAUCACAUUGAUAUUACCGCCCUGUUGACCAGUUCUUUCAGUUUGAAGGCUGUGGUCGUCGCUGCCAAAGAUACUCCUGCUUUAAGCCAAAGAUCAGCAGUAUGUUGAAUCCCAGUCGUUCUGUCUUCUCGUAUGGGAUCGAGUGUCAAGUAAAACUGUAGGCCAGCAAUUGAAGUCAUUUUAUACAGGCUACCACCUGGGACGCUAAAUUCUGGAGGAAGAAAAUGAUUGAAUGGCAGAAAAGCUGACAUUUUCCUGACAUCACUGCUCUGUGUAGUCAGUUUAUGUGCCAAAAUGAGAGUGAUCCCUCUUUAAACAAUCAGAAAAUGUAAUUUUCUAAAGGGUGUUAGUGUUUGCUGAUGAGCAGGACUUGCAGUUUGACUUGACAUUCUGUCUCAUACAGACUGAAUGGGGUGAUGUGGGGAAAUAUUUUACUCAGCGUUUGUGACAUCAGGGAGGAUUGUUGCUGGACAGCAAAGCAUGUAGGAACAGAAGAAUACUGCAAUGGAUGAAAUUUCUUUGUUGUCUUUAUCAACUACUGAGUUAGGCCAUUGUUAUUGAGAAUUAAGGUGAAAAGUAGGUUGUACGGGAAAAUCAGUAACUGAGUUAAACUUACAAAAGAACGGAUUGGCUUGUUUCUCCAUUGCUGUGAUCAAAUGUUUUGGGAACUUUCUUUUGAAGCAAAUUUAAUUGGUGACGUUCUUCGUGGUGUUGAGUCACAGACAAAAGACAUUUGAUUUGCUAAAAGAUUUUUUUUUAAAGAUUUUUCACCAUUUUGUGAUGUUUCUUUUAUUCAGCAACAUGCUAAAUCAACAAAUUCCAACCCUUUUAUACAGACUGAUACAGUUACAUGAUGCGUGGUCCAGUUUUUGUAUCAUUCAGUGACAGGGAAGUGUACAGAUGUUAUAUGGAAGGUAUGUUUUUACAGUGUGUUUGAGAUGUGUUUUAAAUGCUAUGUUGGUCGAUAUCUUUGAGGCUUUGGAUUUUAUCCUUAACCACCUUUUCAUGUAGUUGAAUUUAGAUUACAGCUAUAUAUAUUUUUUGUUUUGGUAUCUGCGCACAUAGACUGCUGGGCAACUACAGUAUGUAUUUUGUUAGCAUUUUGACAUUCAAACUCAUGAAAUCGAGCAUCCAGAAAUCAGGUUCAAGGUCUCUCCUCACAUCUUUUAUACACAAUCCUAAUACUGUACUUUGAUACCAUUAUGUGUAUUUUAUGUCUUCAGUCAUAUCACCACCGGUCACAUUGCAACUGCAGGGCAGUUCAAAGAGCAUCUAAUUUAUUUUACUCCCCGAGAGAAAUAGAGGAGAGUACUUGAAUAUCGACAAGGUGUCCAACCACAGACACUGUGUGCACAAUUUAGAAUCACAACCGCUAACCAGUUAAAAGUCAUAAAAGGCUUACCAGCGUUUCUCAACACCUCAGCUACACAGAAAAAAAAAACAACAUUUUGUAGAAACUAAAAGGGAUUCAGCUACGUUUUAUGUUGUUUGCACCUGAAAUAUCUCCUGGCUAGCAGGUAAGAAAACACAGCUAGAGAAACUGUGCAUGUUAGCAGUGACUGCAGCAGAGUUAGACUGGACAAAGAAGGACAGAACUCUGAGAUUUUGACUUCAGGGUGUAGAAAAGAGGCUGAAACUGCUGGUAUUCCUCCUGUAUCCAGUGUCUUCUGGAAUUUUCUUCUUGUUUGAUAUUUUUUUUAAUAGUUUCAUUUUAAUGUACGUCCUUCAGUUAUGUCCUGUACCGUUGUGUUACUACAUGCAUUCGUAAUUGGGCACCGAAAACACUCCAGUGAGCUCAUUGCAGUCGAAACUAACGAUGUCAAGGUGCCGCACGAGGCAGUCGUCAAAUUCGUUGUGAUGCUUUGGUGUAGUUUCCUUAAACAAAAUGAGACAGCCACUUAUUUUGCUGGCAACUUCUAGCAGCAUUAUGUGAGUUUAGUUAGAAAAGGAGCACUGUGACGGAGACUUGUGUGAGGAUCGCUGACUUCAGACCAGCUGUUAAAAUAGGACAGUGAUCCUACACCUCAGUAGAACAUCCCACAGCAAUUUUUGUGUCUUUUUUCACACUUUUGUAUGAAAAAGAGUUCCAAUAACCAACAGCUUCAAAAUUUUGGUGAUCUGACUUGCUGUACCUAAGAGACAAAUAUCCAUUUGUUAAGAACCUGGAUGUUUCAAACUCGUUUUUUUUUAUUUGAUUCAUGUUGAAGGUGCAAACUGAACUGCAAAGCAUCCAUCUGCUCUGCUGUUCUGUGUUAUAACAUAGUAUCGGUGCUCUUUAGUUUAUGCUAAUUGUACUACAACAUCAGCAUCACCGAUUGAAGUUGAAAGCAGCCGUUACAAGAAUGUUCUAAAACUGGGAUUGCAUGCAGUACCUGUUUUUAUGUGGCAUCACCAAGAAUGUGAUUUCGCCUUGGAAAAGUCAACUGUUUACAGAUUUCCAAACCCAGAAGCACCAUCAUAUUGUGUUUCAGUGACAACUGGUGCAGUGUCAAACUGAAGAUUUGUUACAUCUUGCUAACUGGGUACAACUUUACAUUCUGCUAGCUGGGUUCAGCCGUUUAAUACUCGAGAAAUGCAGCAAACAUCAGUGCUUGACAGGGAACUUCCUCAGUGUGGGUAAAUGUGAUUCACAACACAGAUGAGACAAGACACAUUAUGUUAAUCAAGUGUUUUUUACAUGUAUAAACAGCAGUACUGAAGCAAAUAUGAAAGACGUAUAUGAUUUUCUAUUGUUGGUUGACAUGACUUUUUUAACAGUAUCAAUAAAGGUUGACUCCUAAGCUUCUACUA